AUGGAACCUACAUCCCAUCUCCAUGUGCAGAACUUCUCCUAUUUCUCCUACUUCUCUGAGCUCCAGCAUUCGUUCUGGUUUGUGCCAAUAAUCGAGACCAUGGUUCUACUGGUCCUCUUUAUGAUCUCGGCAGUUGGCAACUUUGGCGCACUUAUACUGGUCACCCAGGAGAGGCGACUAGCUAACAACACCAUCUUAACCACGAACCUUUUCCUGGCUGACCUUUUGUUCAUCAGCACCGUUCCUUUCAUCAUUUCUGUCAGGUGGACCAAGGUGUGGAAGCUGGGCUCUGCUGCCUGCCACUUGAUCUUGUACUUUAUCAGCGUGAGUGGCCUCGUUACCAUCACCACGCUGGCUGCAAUCAGUAUCGAGAGACUGCUUGCAAUCUUGAAGAUGGAGGCCACACCCAGCCUAAAUCACAGAUGGAAAAACGGAGUGCUGCUUCUUAUCUGGUGCUUUUCCGCUGUUGCAAUGUUACCUCUGUCACUGUUCUCCCGGGUGAUACCGGUCAUCUCCCCUCAACAGGAAGAACUGCAUAUAUGUGCUCUUGUGUGGCCUCAUGUAAAAGGUGAGAUCAUGUGGUACGCUGUCUUCCUUGCGUUAGGCUUCCUGGUACCUGGUUCUAGCAUUGUAAUCAGUUACACCAAAAUCUUACAGAUCAACCGGCGUUCCAAAAGGAGACUCCACUCGACUGCAUUGCGACAACGAGCACGUUGCGUAUCUAAACAGGACUACAGACUUUUCCGCACACUCCUCGUUCUCAUGUUGUCCUUCUUCAUCAUGUGGAGUCCCAUCUUUAUCUUCACUUUGCUCAUUCUCAUUCACAACUUCCAAGUCCAUCUUCCCAUAACCUCCUCCAUGUUUGUUUGGGUACUGACCUUCACCAUGGCUAACUCAGCCCUUAACCCGGUGCUCUACAGCCUCUGCCAGCUAAAGCGUAAAUGGUUGAAGCUUUGCUGUUCCACACCGAUCACACCAGGUCAAAAAACUGCUACUCAGUAUUGA